CUCUGAAUGUGGGGACGGGACACCGGCAGAAGGAAGUGAAAAACAGUGGUGUCCAACCAAGCCAAGAUGGCGUUGUGCAGCAAGCAGCGUGCAAACUAUCUGAGUACGUAGGAGGCCAAGAUCUUGCAAAAAGCAGAAGUGUUCCAAUCAAGCCAUAUGGAGAGCAGGGGGAGGAGUAAAGGUGUGUUUAGUUUGUGAGCGAGCCAACUUUGUCACACACUGGAGCCUGAACAUCGGAUGCAAAGGACAGAGGGACUCAGACAGAACUACUAACAUUGUCUUGCUGUGAAACAUACAAUAUUUCAACUUGCAUCUUCCCAUAAUAAGAGUAGGCAUGGCUGAAACAGACAAGUUUCGAAAUGAUGCAACAGACUGCCAACAAUAUAUUUGUUUAAGGGAUCUCAAAAAUGAGGCUGACAAAGGUAAAAAGACAAAAGACCAACCACCAACAGUCCCCAAAGUUGGCUCUAUUGAAGUGUUCAGGUUUGCAGACGGCAGAGACAUUGUACUAAUAGUCUUUGGGACCUUAAUGUCAGUGGCCCAUGGAUCAGCCAUGCCAUUUAUGUCUAUUGUGUUUGGGGAAAUGACGGAUACCUUCAUACAUCACUCUGUACAUCAAAUCAACACCAGCGACCACAAUUCCACCUCCAUGAUUUUUAACGCAACCUUUCAGGAGGCGAUGGCCACCUAUGCUGUCUAUUACUCCAUCAUAGGGGUCUUGGUGCUGGUGGCUGCCUACAUGCAAGUUGCCUUCUUUACAAUAUCAGCUGGAAGGCAGGUCCAACGCAUUCGCAAGCGUUUUUUCCACAGUGUCAUGCGACAGGACAUUGGCUGGUUUGAUGUCAACGACUCAGGGGAGCUCAACACACGUCUCACAGAAGAUGUCUACAAAAUCCAAGAAGGUAUUGGAGACAAACUGGGGAUGUUGCUCCAAUCCAUGUCCACCUUCAUCUUUUCCUUUGUUGUUGGCCUAAGCAAAGGAUGGAAGCUCACUCUGGUCAUCCUGGCUAUCUGCCCUGUGUUAGGUCUUACAGCUGCACUUUUCAGUGGGAUGGUGACAUCAUUCACAUCUAAAGAACAGGCUGCCUAUGCUAAAGCGGGGUCCGUGGCACAGGAGGUACUUUCUUCGAUCAGAACUGUGUUUGCCUUCAAUGGUCAGCAGAAAGAGAUUGACAGGUAUCAAAAGCACUUGGAGUACGCUAAGAAAAUGGGAUUAAAGGCAACGCUAAGUGUAAAUGUUAUCAUGGCGUUCACUUUCAUGAUGUCCAACGUGGCUUUUGCUCCAGCCUUCUGGUAUGGGAGCACACUCGUUCUGAGUAAUGAGUACACUGUGGGAACUGUCCUUGCAGUUUUAUUCACUGUGCUUCUUGGAGCGUUUGCAUUGGGUCAGUCAUCACCUAACAUCCAAUCUUUUGCCAGUGCUCGAGGAUCUGCAUACAAGGUUUACAAUAUCAUUGACAAUAUACCGAGUAUUGACAGUUAUUCGGAGCACGGCUACAAACCUAGCUUCAUAAAUGGAAACAUUGAGUUCAAGAACAUCCACUUUAACUACCCCUCAAGGCCAGAAGUCAAGGUAUUAAACAACUUAUCCCUGGUUGUAAAGAGUGGACAGACCAUGGCUUUAGUAGGAAGCAGUGGCUGUGGAAAAAGCACCACAAUCCAGCUGUUGCAGAGGUUCUACGAUAUUCAAGAGGGAUCUAUAUUUAUUGAUGACCAUGACAUCCGUUCUCUCAAUGUCCGCUAUCUGCGAGAGAAGAUUGGUGUUGUGAGUCAAGAGCCAGUCCUUUUUGCCACCACCAUCGCAGAGAACAUUCGAUACGGACAAAUCGACGUGACGCAGCAGGAGAUAGAGCAAGCUGCUAAGGAGGCCAACGCUUACGACUUUAUAAUGAACUUUCCUGAUAAGUUUGAGACACUGGUUGGGGAUCGAGGGAUUCAGAUGAGUGGAGGACAGAAGCAAAGAAUCGCAAUUGCUCGAGUGCUUGUCCGUAACCCCAAAAUACUUCUGCUGGAUGAAGCAACAUCUGCUCUUGAUGUUGAGAGUGAGACUAUGGUACAAUCUGCACUGGACAAGGUCAGACAGGGUCGGACCACCAUAAUUGUGGCCCAUCGCCUCUCGACUAUCAAAAACGCUGAUAUCAUUGCUGGCAUACAAAAUGGAGAGGUUGUUGAGUUGGGGACUCAUAGUCAGCUGAUGGAAAAACAGGGUGUCUAUCACACUCUCGUCACUAUGCAGACAAUUCAAAAAGCAGAGGAGAAGGAUGAGUUUCAGCAGCAUGAAAAUACACCACUGUCAAUAACUUUCUCAGAAUCUUCUUUGCAAAAAAGGAAGUUUUCCUCUGCUGACUCAGAGGGGAAAAAAGAAGAGAAAGAAACGUUGGUAGAUGCUACAGAAAAGACAGUGGAUGUAGAAUUGGAUGAAAAAGUUCCACUUGUGUCAUUCCUCGAAGUGAUGCGUUUCAACCUUCCCGAAUGGCCUUACUUUUUGUUUGGAAGCAUCUGUGCUGCACUCAAUGGAAUGAUGCUGCCUACAUUCGAUAUCAUCGUCGCCAAGUUCGUUGUUGUGUUUUCGACUUCUGAUCAAGAGGAGAUCAGAAAAAACUCUGUCUUCCUUUCCCUAAUGUUUGCAGUUAUUGGAGUUGCAUCUUUUUUUAUCGUAUUUCUUCAGGGUUUCUGUUUUGGUAUAUCUGGACAGAACCUGACUAUGAAACUGAGACAAGCGUCUUUCAAGGCCAUGUUGAGGCAGGACCUUGGCUGGUUUGAUAACCCCAAUAACAGUGUUGGCGCUCUCUCAACAAGGCUGGCCUCUGAUGCUGCUCAAGUACAAGGGGUUACGGGAUUACGUUUGGCCGCCGUCGUCCAAAAUAUUGCUAACCUGACAACCUGUCUGAUUGUUUCCUUUUUGUAUGGCUGGGAACUAAGUCUGCUCUUACUAGUCAUAGGUCCGGUCAUGAUAGCGGGUGGAAGUGUGCAGGCGCACUUGAUAGCUGGGCACACUAGAGAGGACAUGAAGGAGCUGGAGAUGGCUGGAAAGAUUUUUACAGAAGCCACUGACAAUAUCCGUACUGUUGCAUCUCUGACCAGAGAGCCAUUGUUUGAAUCUUUGUACCACAACAACCUCAGCGUUCCAUUCAGGAACUCCCACAUAAAAGCCCAUGUGCAGGGUGUAGCCUUUGGCUUAUCCCAAGCCAUACUAUACUUUGCUUAUGCAGGAUGUUUCUACUUUGGAGCUUGGCUUAUUGACAAAGGACGAAUGAAUGUUGAGGGAGUUUUCUUAGUUGUUAUGGUGCUUAUAUAUGGUGCUAUAUCUGUUGGAGAGACCAAUGCUUUCACUCCAAACUAUGCCAAAGCCAAAAUAUCAGCCGCUCGUAUUAUGGUGCUUCUGAAAAGACAGCCAGCUAUUGAUAAUCUCUCAGAAGAAGGACAGACACUGGAGCAAUUUGAUGGCAACGUGCAAUUUGAGGGUGUCAAGUUUAACUACCUUUGCCGCCCUAAUGUAUCUGUCCUACGAGGGCUGAACCUGAAGGUGUGCAAGGGAGAGACAUUGGCACUGGUAGGAAGCAGUGGCUGUGGAAAAAGCACAACCAUCCAACUUUUGGAGAGGUUCUAUGACACCACGCAUGGAACAGUGAUGCUUGAUUCAAAGAGUGUAAAAGAGCUGAACAUCCACUGGCUGAGGUCUCAGAUAGGUAUUGUGUCCCAGGAGCCUGUGCUGUUUGACUGUAGCUUGGCUGAAAACAUCGCCUAUGGAGACAACAGUCGCACUGUAACUAUGGAGGAGAUUAAGGCAGCUGCUGAGGCAGCCAACAUUCACAGUUUCAUUGAAAACCUGCCAAAUAAGUAUGACACUCAGGCAGGCGAUAAGGGGACCCAGCUUUCAGGUGGUCAGAAACAACGAAUAGCCAUAGCCCGAGCCAUCCUCCGUAACCCCAAACUGUUGCUUCUGGAUGAAGCCACGUCUGCACUCGACACUGAGAGCGAGAAGUUGGUGCAGGAAGCAUUGGACAAAGCAAGGCAGGGCAGGACAUGUAUCGUUAUAGCCCACCGUCUGUCCACCAUCCAAAACGCGGACCUCAUUGCUGUCAUUAAGGAUGGUUUGGUGGUAGAACAAGGAACACAUCAACAACUGUUAGCCAAAAAGGGAGUCUAUCACAAGCUGGUCACGACCCAGAUGGGUCAUGGAUGGGAAGACACACAUUAAGACAAGUCAUAAUUAAGUUGAAAUGUAUUGCUUGAAUGAAAAGACAGACUGGGGCUUAUCGUUUCAGUUAAACAGAGUGUAUUUGCUACGAAUGCGUUUUUCUAUUAGUCAGUCCCUCCAGGAUUUUGCAAUGUUGCGCUCGCGGCAAUUUUCGCAAAUUCAACCAAUCCCUGCAAUUUCCCUGAACUUUUUCGCCAAUCAAAUUUGUCCAAGCAGCACUCAAAUGCAACACAACUGUCUAACCAAUCAAAUGUCUCCGUGCAACGCCAGACACCUUCACUUCCUUAUUUCAUUGACAGAGAUUUAUUUUAACUUUAGAAACCUGCUCGGGAAUGUCUGAAAUAAAGCAGAUAUCAAGGCAUAAUAAUAAUUUUAAUAACAAUUAACGAUAAAAGAAAAUAAGACAGACUUUUGUGGCGAUUUUUUUUACAAACUAUGCAAAAAUGUUUGUGAAUUGGUCAUGUGUAUAAAAUAUGCUAGCAGAGUGUG